CGUGGGAUUGAGGAAACUCGUCUCUCCCUCACCAGUUUCGUGGAUUUGAUCGAAGAUCGGACGUGGUUCAUAGCAGCAUGCUUCCUCCUUCGGAUCCUUCAAGGAGUUGGAUACGUCCUCUUUGCCACGACUAUCUUCGCGCUCGUCGCCCACUUCUUCCCCGAAUCCAUGGGUACUGUCCUCGCGAUUCUGGAGAUGUGCAUCGGCAUUGGACUGUCUAUCGGCCCUCCUAUCGGUAGCGUUUUCUUCAAGCUGGGAGGAUUCAAGUUACCGUUCUUCGUGGUGGGAUCGACCCAGAUGGUGACGUCUUUACUCGCCUUCCCGGCAUUACCUUCUAGUUCACUGCGGGACUUCCAGUCGGUCGAUCUUCCACGGAUGAAGCCGUUGAUUCGUCGCGUGAGCCCUUGGGUCGUCUGCGUCGCCAUCGCCGUCCUCUCUUCGGCCUUCUCCUUCUUCUAUCCCAUCUUGCAACCGCACGUGGAGGUCGCUUUCGGUAUGACUGAGGGUGUCACGGCGCUCCUCUACUUGAUUUUCACGGGUUCUUAUGGAGUGACCGGGUUUCUCUCUGGUUAUAUAACCGACCACUGCCCCAAGUGGAGGAAGGCUCAGGUGGGAUUCGCCUUCCUGGCCAUCUCCUUCGCCUUUCUCCUUCUAGGACCGGUUUCUUUUCUGCACAUUCCGAGGUCACCGGGCCUCCUCAUCGGGUCCCUGGCUCUGAUGGGAGCCAGUUUAUCCUUCGCCCUCAUUCCCACUCUUGGAAUCAUCAAUGAGGAGGCCAGGUACAAGUCCAAAAUUCCCUUGAUAUUGAUACGAGGACUUGCGGGAUACGAUGAUAACAUCGGGACAGCGAGUCUCAUGUCCGGCAUCUGGAACUCCAUGUUUUCACUCGGAGACGCGAUCGGACCAGCAACAUCAGGUGCAAUAUACGACGCCUCGAACUUCUCGACGGCCGCCCUCGUCUUCGCCGGAAUCACCUCGGGAACCGUGAGCAUUUCCUUCGCUCUUCAUUCGCUCCGAAUCGCGAGAAUCCGUGACUUAAUGGGCGAUGCUGUCGUUGGAGACUCUGCUCGUGUUCUUGGACGUUUUCUGGAGACUGAAGAGCGGGGAGAGAAACCCAGAACGACCGGAAGAGGGCAGAGAAGUCGUGGCUCCAAAUUCUCCAAACAGAGCUUCCUCUACUCACCAGACGCGACAGAUAGACAGACUGGUGAUGCCAUCUACCAGGCCUCCCCAGGGGGGGCAAUCUGCCCUCGCCUCGCCUAUCAAGGGGCUCCCAGGGGGCCUCUAAGAAGCCUCCGGUUUAGUUUUGUCCCGGGCCUUUUGAAACCUUUGGGAGGGCCUGUCAUCUACUGGCGCGAAUUGGAAGUUAUUGUCCCAAGCAGGUUUAAGCGUCGACGGGAAAAACUGAGCCUUCGCUUCAUCACAUUUGCAUCGGACUCCAAGGAAGACAGGCUCAACACGUUU